UUGUGCGAAUCGACACCAGUCCCCGACUCUCCGUCCUAGACUUUUCUUUGAGACCUUUUCCACUUCAGAUCUCAUCUAAGAGAAGCUCACUGAACUUAAUUUGUUGUUUCCCUCUCUUCUCCAUUUCUCCACUCCAAUGGCGGACGAAUAAACUCAAAAUUUUCACUCCCCUUUCUCUCUCCAACUUUCUCAGAAACUGUCGAAAAUGGGAGUAGUAAUCGCGAGCGAAGUAUGGGAGCUAAAUCCGUCAGUUUACAUAUUCAUUAUCGUCGUUUCCUUCUUAUCAAUUUUUCUCCUUCCUCACUUCUCCAAUCGAACGACGUCGUCUUCUUCCGACUCCAAUGUCGUUUCUUCGUCUUCUUCCUUCGUCAAAUUCCAGCGGAAAUUCCUCUUCCUUUACUCUCUCUCCUCAGUGUUGGAAGGUUUAUGGUGGGUUUACGGAGAGUAUGAAAUGGUAAAUAAUGGACUCACUAAGCAGCAGAUGAUAGUAUUGCUAUCUACUGGAUGUUUAGCUUCGCUAAUUCUCGGUACUUUCUUAGGCAUCUUUUCUGAUGCUAUAGGCCACAAGAAAUUUUGUCUUCUAUUUUCCAUCCUACAUUUGAUCAUGGGUGUAUGGAAAAUGCUUGCAGCUCAUCCUGCUAUUUGGGUAGCCAACAUCUGCUUGUCUCUUGCCAGCUCCAUAUUUUCAUUCAGUUUCGAAAGUUGGACGGUGGUCGAACAUGAUAAGCAAGGGUACAGGCAAGAUGCAUUGAAUGAUACAUUUUGGUUGAUGAGUUUUUUUAAGUCAACAUCUUUAAUAGUUAGCCAAGUUCUUGCAAACUGGGCAUCAGGCCAUGAUUCAGAAAAGAGUAUAAUUUCUCCUUCAGUCAUAAUGGUGCUCUUAGCAACUGUCAAUCUUGCUUUCACCACCAGAGGAUGGCCAGAAUCUCCAGCUAGGGGAAGGCUUAAGGAGCAUAGAGCAGCUUUUUUGGCAUUUAUUUUUGGAGAUAAACGGGUAUGGCUAUUAGGAUGUGCCCAAGCUUGUCUUCACUUCUCUAUUGCUGUAUUCUGGAUUCUAUGGGCACCAGCUAUAGUGGCUGAUGGGCGUGAAAUGCAAUUAGGGUUGAUGUAUCCAUGUUUACUGGGUGCAAGGAUGCUCGGAAGCACUGCUUUUCCUUGGACCCUGAGUGGAUUACUAUCACUUCGUAUUGAAGACUGCCUUUUGUAUGAAUUCAUCGGUGCUGGAAUUAUCCUGUCUAUUGUUGCAUAUGAUUACCAGGAAAUAGGAGUUUUUGUUGCACUUUUCUGCGUAUUCCAGGCUGUUGCAGGCCUAAUAUUGCCAACUCUUGCCCGUCUGAGGACCAUGUAUGUGCCAAAUGAGUUCCGUGCAGGGAUGAUAAGUUUGUCUCUGGCUCCAGCAAACGCUGCUAUCCUUUGUGUUCUAAUCCAGGGUGGCUAUUACAGGAAUAUCAAUAAUUCUACUAUACUUUCCUUUGCUGCCCUGGGCUUAUUCUUGGCAGCAGGUUGCAUGUACAUGUUGAAGCAUUUGGGCAAACAGCCUCACCAGAGCUGGCACAAACAAUGAUCCUAGCAUAAUAGCAUUUUCCGAGGUUAAUGCUGAUGUUUGGGUUUUACGAGACCCUGGUGCUGAUUUUAAGCGAAACAAAGCCCAAACAGCAAGAAGUUCAAUUACUCUAUGAAGUUUUGAGAUAGAAAUUACAUCAUUCAAUUUUGCAUCCUAGAUGAAGCAUUCCGCUGCAUCAGCUGAAGAAAGUAAUUUAGAAGGAGGAAAUACUAGCCAGUCAUGGAAUGGUCAACGAAUUCUUGGAUAUAAGGAACCACAACUUCUUAUUUUUCCUUUUCUUUUUUGCUGUAACUGGAGCACUAUCAUUAGAACUUUCGAGAAUUUGUUUGCUUCUCACUGUUUUGACAUUUACCCAGAUGGUUGUAGAUUACAAAAAGAAAAGAAAAAAAAAGAGCACAUUGUUGUAUAAUUUAAUCCAAGUAUAUAUCUAUUUAAAAGUUUAUAAUUA